GGCGAGGCUUCACGGAUGGGCCUCUGCCCAGCCCAGGAAGUUCAGAGGCAGCGGCUAGAACGGCCGUCCGCUGCUCUAUGGCGGAAAGAGGGCCAGAGGGACACCGCCGCGGGGCAUUCUGGGACGGCCGCCGCCGGCCCCGCUCCGUCCGGAAGAGGAAGCGUCGCGCAAGGGCCCAUGGAGGAGCGCGCGGAGGCGGCGGCUGCGGAGGCCUCGCUGCACCGGCUGGCCGGGCUCGCGCCCGAGGGGCAGGUGGGGGGGCUGGUCAAGCGCCGCAGCGCCGCCGAAGAGCAGCACGUCUUCAAGAUCCCGGCGCCGCGCGCCUCCCUGCUGGGCCUCGACCUGCUGGCCGCCCAGAAGCGCCGCGAGCGGGAGGACCGGCCCGUCAAGAGGCCCCGCGGCGGCAGCGCCGCCGAGGAGGGCGCGGACGAGCCACCCGGGCAGCCGCCGGAGGAGCCGGGCGACGGGGCGGGGCGGGGCGGCCGCCGGCGCAGGGACAGGCAGUACCGCUCGGCCCAGGCGGAGACGCCAUCGAACCCGGGGGGCGUCAGCGAGGGCUUCUGGGAACGCAGCCGGCAGCGGGAGCGCGAGCGGCGGGAGCAGGGCGUCUUCGCCUCGUCCAAGGAGAAGGAGCGCCGGAGGGAGCAGGAGCGCAAGCGCGACCGAGAGAGCCGCGGCCGGCGCAGCCCGCGCGCCGAGAAGGACGGUUCUUCGGAGAGGAGCAGGAGCGCCCCGAGGACCGAGCCGGAAAGCCCGCGACAGCCGCCCAAAGAUGCAGCCACGCCAUCGCACUCCAGCUGGGAGGAGGAAGACAGCGGUUACAGCGGGUCCCGCCGCUCCCAGUGGGAGUCUCCAUCCCCGGCUCCCUCCUGCCGGGACUCGGAGCGGAGCCACCGGAGCCCUGCUCAACCUCGGGAGAGCGAGAGACGAGGCGACCGCGAAAGGUCCAGCAGGGGCCUGGAAGAGACGCCUUUGCCCACCCCUACCUACAAAUACAAUGAGUGGGCUGACAACCGAAGGCAUUUGGGUGGACCCCCUUGGCUCUCCAGAGGCAGGGGGAGAUGUGAGGAUGGGGAAGACGGCAUUGCGUUUGAAACGGAGGAAGAACGGCAGCAAUGGGAAGAUGAUCAGCGGCAAGCUGACCGGGACUGGUAUAUGAUGGAUGAGGGCUACGAUGAGUUCCACAACCCUCUGGCUGCCUCCUCAGAGGAGUACGUGAGGAAGCGUGAGCAGCACCUGCAGAGGCAAAAGCAGACACGCAUCUCAGCUCAGCGCAGGCAGAUCAAUGAGGAUAACGAACGCUGGGAGACCAACCGCAUGCUGACGAGUGGUGUGGUGCAUCGGCUGGAGGUGGAGGAGGACUUUGAGGAGGAUAAUGCUGCCAGGGUGCAUCUCUUAGUGCACAAUCUGGUACCUCCUUUUCUGGAUGGGCGCAUUGUUUUCACCAAGCAGCCUGAGCCCGUCAUCCCUGUCAAAGAUGCCACCUCUGACUUGGCCAUCAUUGCCCGUAAAGGCAGCCUGUUGGUGCGGAAGCAUCGGGAGCAAAAAGAGCGCAAGAAGGCCCAGCACAGGCACUGGGAGCUGGCAGGUACAAAACUUGGGAACAUAAUGGGCAUAAAGAAGGAGGAGGAGGAAUCGGGUCAAGUCCUGGCUGAGGAUGGCACGGUGGAUUACAGGACAGAACAGAAGUUUGCUGGACACGUGAAAGAGAAGAGUGAGGCAAGCAGCGAGUUUGCCAAGAAAAAGUCAAUUGUGGAGCAGAGGCAGUAUUUGCCCAUCUUCGCUGUUCAGCAAGAACUUUUGACAGUUGUCAGAGACAACAGUAUUGUGAUUGUGGUGGGAGAGACGGGCAGUGGCAAAACAACGCAGUUGACGCAGUACCUACACGAGGACGGCUACACGGACUAUGGCAUGAUUGGCUGCACACAACCACGCCGAGUGGCGGCCAUGUCCGUGGCCAAACGUGUUAGUGAGGAGAUGAACGUGGCCCUUGGGGAGGAGGUGGGCUACGCCAUCCGCUUUGAGGACUGCACGUCAGAGAGUACCGUGAUUAAGUACAUGACGGACGGGAUCUUGCUUCGGGAGUCUCUGCGUGAAGCUGAUCUUGACCAUUACAGUGCCAUCAUCAUGGACGAGGCUCAUGAACGCUCGCUCAAUACGGAUGUGCUGUUUGGCCUCCUGCGAGAAGUGGUAGCCCGUCGCUCAGAUCUCAAGCUGAUUGUUACCUCAGCCACCAUGGAUGCAGAGAAGUUUGCAUCUUUCUUUGGAAAUGUGCCCAUCUUCCACAUUCCAGGCCGCACAUUUCCUGUGGACGUUCUCUUUAGUAAGACUCCGCAAGAAGACUAUGUGGAGGCAGCAGUGAAGCAGGCCCUGCAGGUUCACCUCUCCAGUGCCCCUGGAGAUAUCCUCAUUUUCAUGCCAGGCCAGGAGGACAUCGAGGUUACGUCUGAGCAGAUUGUGGAACACUUGGAAGAGCUGGAAAACGCUCCUGCUCUGGCUGUACUACCAAUUUACUCUCAGCUACCCUCAGAUUUGCAGGCCAAGAUCUUCCAGAAGGCACCAGAUGGAGUCAGGAAGUGUAUUGUGGCCACCAAUAUUGCAGAAACCUCGUUGACAGUUGAUGGGAUCAUGUUUGUGAUCGACUCCGGAUAUUGCAAACUGAAGGUCUUCAACCCACGGAUUGGCAUGGAUGCCCUGCAAAUCUAUCCAAUCAGCCAGGCUAAUGCAAAUCAGCGCUCUGGCCGAGCUGGAAGGACAGGCCCAGGUCAGUGUUUCAGGCUGUACACCCAGAGUGCAUACAAGAAUGAACUGCUGACCACCACUGUCCCCGAGAUCCAACGUACCAAUCUGGCCAAUGUGGUGCUGCUUCUCAAGUCUUUAGGGGUGCAGGAUCUGCUACAGUUCCACUUUAUGGAUCCCCCUCCAGAAGACAACAUGCUCAACUCAAUGUAUCAGUUGUGGAUUCUUGGGGCGCUUGAUAAUACAGGUGGUCUGACAUCGACUGGACGUCUGAUGGUGGAGUUUCCCCUUGAUCCAGCCCUCUCCAAGAUGCUGAUCGUUUCUUGCGACAUGGGCUGCAGUUCUGAGAUCCUGCUGAUCGUCUCCAUGCUCUCAGUUCCAGCCAUUUUUUACCGGCCAAAAGGUCGGGAGGAAGAAAGCGACCAGGUGCGAGAGAAGUUUGCUGUUCCCGAGAGCGACCACUUGACUUACCUGAAUGUUUAUCUCCAGUGGAAAAAUAACAGUUAUUCAACGCUCUGGUGCAAUGAGCACUUCAUUCAUGCCAAGGCCAUGCGCAAGGUGCGGGAGGUGCGAGCGCAACUGAAGGACAUUAUGGUGCAGCAACACAUGAGCCUGGCUUCCUGUGGCACCAACUGGGACGUGGUUCGCAAGUGCAUCUGUGCUGCUUACUUUCACCAGGCUGCAAAACUGAAGGGCAUCGGGGAAUACGUCAACAUCCGCACAGGGAUGCGCUGCCAUUUGCACCCUACCAGCUCGCUUUUUGGGAUGGGCUACACUCCCGACUAUAUUGUCUACCAUGAACUGGUGAUGACCACCAAGGAGUACAUGCAGUGUGUCACAGCUGUGGAUGGGGAAUGGCUGGCUGAAUUGGGGCCCAUGUUCUACAGUAUCAAGCAUGCUGGCAAGUCUCGUCAGGAGAGCCGUCGGCGAGCCAAGGAAGAAGCCUCUGCCAUGGAAGAAGAGAUGGCUCUGGCGGAAGAACAGCUCCGUGCUCGCCGAGAAGAACAGGAGCGUUGUAAUCCGAUGGGCAGCGUCAGGUCUAGUCACAAGGCUCCCCCACUGUCCAUCAACUGGCAGUGGGCUGUUUCACUGAAGCUGGCCUGGAGCCCACCUCUCCAGCAGAUUCAGAAGCAGGAAGAAGCCACAGCGGUGAGGGCAGGCCACCCCUGGCCCAAGCACCUGCAACAUGGAGGAGAGCUCUCCCUUGACACUCGGUAAUCAGAGACCCAGAAGCUCCGUCCCAUUGGGAAGAUGUGCAAGCAUCCUACUCCUUGAUUGCUCAUCAGUGAGCCGACUCCUGCCCCACCCCAUGGGGCACUAAGCCAGGCCUGGGAAGAGGGUGCCCCAAAGUUGCACCCUCAACAAACCUGUGCUUGAGAGCCCGGACCAGGAAAGAGGAAGAGAAAAGCUGCUCCUCCUGCCCCAACAGGUCUGUUCCCUUCCCAGCCUAGUCACCUCGAAUCCUUCCAGCUCUUUAAUUAGAGAGCAGUGGGCCCUUUGGAAGGGGGACAGAGAUACAACUGCCUCACAGGACAAGAUCUUCCCAAGCACAGAGAGCAUUCGGAGAAGCUUAGAGGAAAGUACCGUUGGGAAUUCUGUGGCCUCACACCAAAUGAAAAGGAAUAAAUGUGGAGACACCCGGCUGAAGACACAAUGAGAGUGAAAGUGAUGGCUGGGGAGAGGGAGAGCUUCUCUUUCAGAGACCCUCUCACAGGCAGCAAAAGCCCCAUAAUGCAGGACAGGAAGAAAAAGCAGAUGGUCAAGCAAAGGGAGAGGCUCUUGCACCCUUUGCAGUGGCUGAAGCAGAAAGGGAAGCCAGGCCCAUUGAUGUCAUGACAACCCUCAGAAGAACCUCCAAAGCACAGGGCAAUGGCGAGGGGAGCCAGUGAGGCAGGAAUCAGGGAAGAACUAUCCUGUACAAUUAGAGGAAGGGGGGGAAAUCACACCUGCCACGAAUGCCUGCAGCCUGGAUGGGAAAGGCUAAGCUGGCCAGGCUUCUGCGCCCUCAGCUCCUAAAGGCCUGGGCUGGGCAUGAAAAGGCCAGAAGCCCACCCCACCUCUGUGUGCUGCAUUUCUAGAGCAGCCCUUCCCCCCCCCCUUACUGGACCGCCAGCUGCAGCCAGCAUAGUUGGCAAUUGCUCCCCCUCCACCCUUUCAGAAUUGGGAGAAGUAGAUUUGUUCCAAUGGAUUUGCCCACUGAUUCUGAGUUUUAAUCAGACUGGAAUAUUCCUAAAGAGUUGGUCAAAAAGAUAUCCAAUCUCCAAUCCCAGCCUUUUCUGGAUUUCUUCUAUCUUUGUUUAUAAAAUGUGAAUAUUAUCUUCACUAAAAACAUGAAAAUAGUUGACAUACUACGUAUGUAUGUAUGUAUGUAUCAUACUAUGUAAUAAAAUACCUAUAUAAAAUGAUAAAGCAGCAGUUUUCUAAAAAGCAAGGGCAAUUAUUAGGGCAGGUAGCCAAAAGGCUGGCAAAGAAAAUAGACUUAUUAUUGGAAUU